UAAUGGAUUUUUAGGGUAUCAUCUUCUAUAAAUACCCUCUCUAUAUCCCUCACUCUUUUCAUAUCACAAUUUCAAUCUCUCCAACUUUCUCAUAAUAAUAAUAAUCCCAACAUGGUCAGCCUUCAUUCCGUCGUCGGCAUUAUCGGGAAUGUCAUCUCCUUCGGUCUUUUCCUCUCGCCAAUACCUACGUUCUACCGUAUUUUCAAGAAGAAAGACGUGGAGGAGUUUCAGUUUUACCCUUACGUAGCCACUGUACUGAACUGCAUGCUCUGGAUUUUCUACGGUCUGCCGUAUGUGACCAAAGAUAAUAUUCUGGUCGUCAUCAUCAACGCCAUUGGUCUUUUCAUUGAGCUCGUUUACUUGUCCGUGUUCCUCUUCUACGACAAACACAACCGUGGCAGGAAGCGGGUGUUUACACUUCUCGCCGGCGAGGUGGUUUUUAUGGUGGUGAUAAUCGCCGUAGCCAUGUUAGCCAUUCCCAGGAUUAAAACAAGGGGUCUUGUUGUUGGGAUUUUUUGUGAUAUUCUGAACGUGAUGAUGUACUUUUCGCCGCUUCUCAUCAUGAAAAAAGUUUACAAGACUAAGAGUGUGGAAUUUAUGCCCUUCUAUCUAUCACUGGCUAAUUUCUUGAAUGGGGCUUGCUGGUUUAUAUAUGGACUCCUCAAACUUGAUAUUUUCAUAUUGAUUAGCAAUGGACUCGGAGCUUUGGGCGGGUUGGCUCAACUGGGUCUGUACUGCUGGUACAGAAUCUGGUACCCGUAUAAACAUAGAGGUGAUGCUGAUGGUAAAAUUGUGAAGCCUGCUGGGAUUCAGCUUUCUACUGCAAAUCCAGUCUGAUCCAACUUCAAAUUUCCAGUUUUACUCUGUUUUUUUAGAUUUUCAGUAGUUUAAUUUUUAUUUUUAUUAUUUCAGUUUAGUAGGAUAGACAAAUUUUGGUGUGAUUUUGCUAGUUUUUUUUAUUUUUUUGGUUUUAUGCAUCCAAUUUCUAGUUUUGGGAUAAAUUUUGAGAAUAUUGUAAAUUGGGUUUUAGGGUUUAUGUUAUGAGGAUAAUCCAGUUGCCGAUGGCAAUGAUUUUUGGACUAA